AAUAUAUCACAAGAAUGUGAUAGUUUUCUUUGUUUUUGUACGAUACAAAAAUAAAAAUGGUUAGUAAUACAUCGAGUAGUGUCCCAAGAAUACAGGUCUUCCGACCCACAUACGAGGAAUUUAAAGACUUUACUAAAUAUGUGGAAUAUAUGGAGAGUCAGAAUGCUCAUAAGGCUGGCGUUGCUAAAGUUAUUCCUCCCGUGGAAUGGAUCGCUCGAAAGAAUGGAUACAAUAUGGAAGACAUAAAUCUUACUAUUCCGGCCCCUAUUUGUCAAGUAGUAACUGGUAAGCAAGGACUUUACCAACAAAUAAAUAUACAAAAGAAAUCCAUGACUGUAAAAGAGUAUGAGAAACUCGCCACAUCAGAGCGAUACAGGACACCAAAACAUUUUGAUUACGAAGAUUUAGAAAGAAAAUAUUGGAAAAACAUUACCUAUGUUGCACCCAUAUAUGGUGCUGAUGUUUCUGGAUCCUUAACGGAUCCAGGUGUUAAAGAAUGGAAUAUUAAUCAUUUAGGAACUAUAUUAGACUACGUUAACAAAGAUUAUGGAAUCUCGAUAGAAGGCGUUAACACAGCUUAUUUAUAUUUUGGUAUGUGGAAAACAACGUUUGCAUGGCAUACCGAAGAUAUGGAUCUGUAUUCGAUCAAUUAUCUUCAUUUUGGUGCUCCAAAAACAUGGUAUGCUAUACCACCAGAGCAUGGUAGAAGACUCGAGCGUUUAGCAAGCGGCUUUUUUCCAUCAAGCUAUCAAAGUUGUCAGGCCUUCCUUCGUCACAAAAUGUCACUGAUAUCUCCUCAAGUGCUUCGACAAUAUUCUAUUCCCCAUGAUAAGAUAACUCAAGAAGCGGGUGAAAUUAUGAUCACAUUCCCCUACGGCUACCAUGCAGGUUUUAAUCAUGGUUUCAACUGCGCGGAGUCUACGAAUUUCGCUACACCUCGUUGGGUUGAAUAUGGAAAAAGGGCCACUCAAUGUACAUGCAGUUCUGAUAUGGUGAAAAUAUCAAUGAAAACUUUUGUACAGCGUUUUCAGCCCGAACGCUAUGAUCUGUGGUUACGAGGCGAGGAUGUUGGACCACAUCCAGAAGAUCCAAGACAAACAGCUGCUCCUCCCCCGACAGCAAUGGACCUUUUGUGUAUAAAAAAUAGCCAAGCAUCGGACGGAUAUAAUGAUGUUGUGCCAAAAAAUAAGAGGCACACAAUUCAUCGUAAGAAGAAUGUUAUUGAUUCAAAUGCCGUUGUCAAUGUCAAUGCGAUUCCACCAGACAUUCCGCCCGACGUGAAGAAAGCUUUGCAAGAUUUAGAAAUGGAAGAAACCGAUGAGCACGUAGAAGAGCAGCCUGAUGAGCAGCAGUUAGAAGUUCUAGAGGAUAUUUGGUUAAAAGCAGGAGAAAUGGAUUUAGCGGAAGCCAAUGUUUACGAUGAUGGAUAUAAUCGUAAAAAAAGUCGUAAAAGAAAGCGAAAGUCACAAAGUAGUUUAGAGAAAAGAAGUUUAAAAACAAAAUCCAAUGCAAUAAAAUCUAAUAUUGCUAAUAUGUCAGAAGCACGAAAAGAAGAAUUGGAACUGUCUAAAGAUGAUGGAUUUAUAAAUAUUCCGUGUAUGGUUAUACCAAAUUUGAAAAUUCACAAUCCGAUAAAGUCGAGCUCGGAUAAUUCCGAUCAAAUGAAGAAAAAAUAUAAAAUAAAAUCGUCAAUUAUCAAACGAAAUGAUAAUGUAGUAAUAUUACCGAAGGAGGAAUUACUACCACCCAAAGAAGAAACUUUUAUUGAAAUUCCUUGUAUGAAUUUACCUGAUUUUAAAAUGCCAAAUAGUCCGACAACAGAUCCCCUUGAAACACUAGAUGAUGAUUUUGUAAAUAAAAAACACAUGCCAGAAUUAUUUUCAACCGAUUUAACUAAUUUAACUAGUUUAGAAGUUACUCCGAAGAGAAAAAAGAAAAAACACUCUAAAAAUGGGGAGUCUAGUAAGAAUAAGGUGAAAAAUUCGAAGAAAAAGAAGAACAAAGAAGACGGUUCUGUGUUAGAUGUGUCGGAUGUAAAUGUUCUUCGACAGCUUGUAACUGGACAUCACUCGAUUAAAAAAUCAUCUAACAUUAAAGGCGAAGCUUAUAAUUCUUAUGAAUCAAAAACAAAAACGGGAAAACAUGUUCAUCAGAACAAUGAAUUAACCCCUACAAAGCAAAAGACUGUUUUAAAUAUUGCUAAUGAUAAGAAAUUAGUUUCUAGUAUAUCGAAAAAAGUGUCAAAAGUUGGUAAGACUUCCAUUUUAGCCAAAAGUUCAAAUCCGCUGAAAGAUAAAACUAACGGCCGUUUAAAAACGAACAAAUGUAAAGGAACUAUUAGCGUGAGAAAAAAUCUUUUAAAACCACCGAUUCUUCAAAUACCAAAUGAUCAUGAAGACGACAAGCCUGCUACUAAUUUAAAAUCCGAAUCUAAUUUUUACUCCUGUGAAAUCAAUUCUACAUUUAAUAAUACGUGGCCCAUUACCUCAAGCGACAUGUCCGUAAAACCAAUUAGCACUUUGUUUAAUACAGAAACGAAUCUUAAUCAAGAAUCGUCGUUUGGACAACAAAGUACAUUAAUGCAUCCUUUCCAAUGCCGACAAUCCUUAAGUAAUCAACGCCUUAAAUUUGGUCUUAACAAGCUUACAAACUCAAACGCAGAUGUUAAUUCAGUUAACAGUGAGAAGGUGUCGUCUAAGAACUUUUGGCAAGUCGGUAAUAAAACCCUCUAUUUCACGAAUAAUAAAGAAAGUAAUAGAAAUUUAUCAAGCUUUUCAAGUACAAAUCAAAUAAAUUAUGCAACAGUGUCGAGCGCCAAAAAUUCAACCUCGGAUAAUUUGAUCUCAAGUAGCCAUGGCAAUAAACUCGACACUUGUGUAAAUUCAAAUUUCAAUUCAAGUGGAUUGCCCGAAUUAAUAAAAAUAACUCCUAGAAUGCUUUUAAAUUCAUCGAAUAAGUCAUUAUUGAUGGAGAGCAAGUCGACAAAUAAAAUUUCGCUACAGCACAGCGACGAGAGGUCGUUAUUUAAAGAUAAUGUUGAACUAAAAACAUUUGUAAAUUCUCAGAUAGCUUCGAGUUUCCCAAUCUCGGAGUCGCUGUCACAGGAAACUAAUCAAAAUCAAUCUAAAGUUACUACUGGAACACAAGUGGACAUCUUGCCAUCUUACAUAUCGUCCAAUGAUGACCUAUCAAUUACGAUAGUACCCAAAAGUAAUAAGACUUCGAUUUCCAGUAAUUUAGGUUCACCAAGAAAGCAAGCAACUCCACGGAAACUGAAAUUAAGAGAUUCAAAGAACAUGCAAAUCCGUAACGAUACCGAAGUAUCAGUCAUAACCCAAAAAUCAUCGAGUUUAAAUGAAAACAGAAGCUCAAGUUUUAAAAGGAAGCCGAAAGAUGUACAUGAAAAUAUUGAUAGUUUAUUAAGUGGUUUAGUAAUACCAAAGCUAGAACCUGAAGUACAAAUAGAUUCCCAGUCAUCUAUAGAAAUAAAAAGAGAGAAUAUAAAGGUAGAGUGUCAAGAAGAUACGAAUAGCGAGUCAGAAUAUGAUUCUCAUACAAUUCCAGAGCACAUUAAGCCAAUGCUUUAUCCAAGCAUACCAGACCUUAAUGUAUUACAAACAUUUAAUCAUUAUUGGAGUGCGCAUAUACCACAUUGUGCUAUAUGUACAGCGUUUGCUUUAUAUAAUCAUAAGGGCAGUAAGCAAAUGUCACCAGAGUGGCAACAAUCUAAACCAACAGUAUUACCCGAAAAUUCUCCCAUAUGGGUUUCUUCGGAUCUCUUCGCUGCAAAUUCGUUAGAGCAACGAACAGAGCCAGAAAACAAUAAACUUCUGCGAUGCAGGAAUUGUCAAGUGACGGUUCACGUCUCUUGUUACGGAGUCACAGUAUUGCCUUUAGAUUCGCAAAAUUGGGCUUGUGACAUUUGUCAGUUUGGCAAAUCAACUGUUAUGUGCUGUCUUUGCCCUAUGCGAGGCGGGGCUUUAAAAAGGACUAGUGACAGUCAAUGGGUGCACGUACUGUGUGCCCUUCUCUUAGGUGCAAGAUUUAAGGAUCCUGUAAAUAAAGAGCCUAUCAAUGUAUUGGCCGUAAAUCGUCCUGCAGAUGAAUUAGAGUGCUGCUAUUGUAAACAAAAUAAUGGAGCAUUUUUGAAAUGUCACGAUAAACAAUGUAACGCGCUCUUUCACCUUACUUGCGGUCUCCUAACUGGUGCAAUGUUUGCAAUAUCUCGAUCGAAAAGUCAUGAAUUGGAGGUAUUGUGUAGUAAACAUGAUACCGGGGAGAAAAUUCCUAUUGGACAAGGAGAAGUUGUUUAUGCAAAACAUAAGAAUACGCGAUACUACCACGCAGACGUAAUAUCAGUAUCGGACAAAAUUUGCUUUCUAGUAGUUUUUAAAGAUGAGAGUUUCUCUAAUGAUUUGCCACCGGAAGAUGUAGUCGACUAUAAGCCUGGAAAAAUACCAGCAAUCGGGACAGAAAUAAUGGUCAACUGGAAGCAAGACGGCGUUUUUCCAGCAACUUUUACUGGAGUUGAUCACGCUAUUACAUAUACGGUUUCAUUUGAAGACGGUUCGAUACAUCAAUUAAAGCGUAAUGAUAUAUAUAGUCUCGAAGAAGAGUUACCGAAAAGAGUGCAAUCGCGUUUGUCUGCUGCUACGGAAAUGCAACACCGUGGACAUCUGUACGGAAUGGAAAAUGGAAAUGAAUUGCAGAGGAAAGUGAAACCACCGAAAAGAUUAUAAAAUAUUAUUAGAGUAUCUAAAAAGUUUAUUAACAUAAAUAAUAAAUGAAAGAG